GUCUCUCCAGCACAGCAGACAAACUUUCCCAUCUCUCGCUCUCUCCUCACCCGAGUGCUCCAGCCAGCCAAGAUGUCUAGAGUCAAGUCCAGCAGCUACUCUGUGGUGUCCUCCAACGUUGCUCCCCGGAGCUACAGCAGCAUGUCCUACUCCGGCCCCGGCCCCCGCCAGAGCUCCGUCAGACAGAGCUACAGCGUGCGCAGCUCCUACGGAGGAACCAACCGGGGCAUGGGGGGCGGCUUCGGGUCCAGCGGUGGCUUCAUCUCCAGCUCCUCUGCGUACGGUGGCGGCAUGGGUCUCGGCAUGGGCAUGGGCAUGGGCAUGGGCACCGGCGCAGUGGCCCCCAUCACCGCUGUCUCCGUCAACAAGAGCCUGCUCGCCCCCCUGAACCUGGAGAUCGACCCCAACAUCCAGGCCGUCCGCAACCAGGAGAAGGAGCAGAUCAAGACCCUCAACAACCGCUUUGCCUCCUUCAUUGAUAAGGUGCGGUUCCUGGAGCAGCAGAACAAGAUGCUGGAGACCAAAUGGAACCUGCUCCAGAGCCAGACCACCGCCCCCUCCAACAUCGACAGCAUGUUCGAGGCUUACAUCGCCAACCUGCGCAGGCAGCUCGACAGCCUGGGCAACGACAAGAUGAGGCUGGAGGCCGACCUGCACAACAUGCAGGGAUUGGUGGAGGACUUCAAAAACAAGUACGAAGAUGAGAUCAACAAGCGCACAGAAUGUGAGAACGAGUUUGUGCUGAUCAAGAAGGACGUGGACGAGGCAUACAUGAAUAAGGUGGAGCUGGAGGCUAAACUGGAGAGCCUGACCGAUGAGAUCAACUUCCUGAGGCAGAUCUUCGAAGAGGAGCUGCGUGAGCUGCAGGCCCAGAUCAAGGACACCUCUGUGGUGGUGGAGAUGGACAACAGCCGCAACCUGGACAUGGACUCCAUCGUGGCCGAAGUGCGCGCCCAGUAUGAGGACAUCGCCAACCGCAGCCGCGCCGAAGCCGAGACAUGGUACAAGCAGAAGUAUGAGGAGAUGCAGACGUCCGCCAGCAAGCAUGGUGAUGAUCUGAGGGCAACCAAGACAGAGAUCUCCGACCUGAACCGCAUGAUCCAGAGGAUUCAGUCCGAGAUCGACUCUGUCAAGGGACAGCGCGCUAACCUGGAGUCCCAGAUCGCUGAGGCCGAGGAACGCGGGGAGCUGGCAGUGAAAGACGCCAAGAACCGCAUCAGGGACCUGGAGGAAGCCCUGCAGAGAGCCAAGCAGGACAUGGCCCGCCAGAUCAGGGAGUACCAGGACCUGAUGAACGUCAAGCUCGCCUUGGACAUUGAGAUCGCCACCUACAGGAAGCUUCUGGAAGGAGAGGAGAACAGGCUGGCCAGCGGUGUCAAGGCCAUUAACAUCUCCAAACAGAGCUACGGGCCGAGCUUCAGCUCCUUCCCCAUGGAGAGUGCGAGCUCCUACAGCGGCUCCUACAGCAGCGGCUACGGUGGCGGCUACGGCGGCAGCUAUGGCGGCAGCUAUGGCGGCAGCUACAGCAGUGGUAGCGGCUACGGGGGUGGCAGCAGCACCCAGAGCAAAAAGAGCGUCGUCAUCAAGAUGAUCGAGACCAAGGAUGGCAAGGUGGUGUCCGAGUCCUCGGAGGUGGUGCAGGAUUGAUCGGGCCGCACAUCCCCUCCACCCGCUGCCGCCCUACCACUCUGUGCCUAUUUCCAGUCACUCAAACCAUCACAUAACCCCACCCCUCCACCGCCCCUGCAAGGUCGGGCCAACCCUCGACGAGUCUGUAACAGGUUAUAACAGGUCCUUAAAGCAAUAAGCCAUUCACUGCAACCAAAUGUUUUUGAGAGAGGGACCAAAGAAUGUUCCGGUCUGAACGUGCCUUAUGCAAUUUUGUCCCAUCCUUCAGUAAAAAAAAAACAAAAAACAAUGCCUUCUGUCUAGUACACAGGCUACAUGUAAGCUUCUUCUCUUGCUGUUUACUGGCCGGCCUAUCCAUGAGCUGGAGCUCUCUGAUACGCUGUAAGCCAGUCGAAGGAGUGCGCCUGUGUUUUGUAACACUGUGUUAUGCUGUUGCGAUGUAGUCCAUGUCUUCGGUUUGCACGCAUGUGGGCUCAUGGAACUGUCUGCGAUGUCCUGUUUCCUGGAAAUGCUGUCUUUUGCUACCAAAGAAUAAAAUGUGUUUACUGUAACAGCAACAGGUGUUGGCCCUGAAAUGUGUGCUGUCAACUGUCUUUAAUGUGUGUACGCUGUCAAUAAACAUCGUGUGUGUCUGGACACAAAUAUAAAAGCA